GGUCCCUCCGGGCCGCCGUAGAGUUUGCCACAGGCUGGCUGGGGAGCAAUGGAGGUGGUGGGCGGCGGCGGCGGGGACUGUCGCAGCUCCUCCUCCGCAGACCCGCGGAGCACUUACGUGCUGGGUAACCUAGCAGAAGUGGUGGAACGUGUACUUACCUUCCUACCCGCCAAGGCGUUGUUGCGGGUGGCCGGCGUCUGCCGCUUAUGGAGAGAGUGUGUGCGCAGAGUGUUGCGGGCCCAUCGCAAUGUGACCUGGGUUUCUGCCAGCCGGGCAGAGGCCAACCACCUGGAGAGGCAUUGCUUGGUCCGCGCGCUAGCAGAGGAGCUUGAGAAUGUUCGCAUUUUACCACAGACGGUUUUAUACAUGGCUGACUCAGAAACAUUUAUCAGUCUGGAGCAGUGUCGUGGCCACAAGAGAGCAAAGAAAAGAACUAGUAUGGAAGCAGCAUUGGUCCUUGAGAAGCUAUUUCCGAAACAGUGCCAGAUCCUUGGGAUUGUUACCCCAGGAAUUGUAGUGACUCCAAUGGGAUCAGGCAGCAAUCGACCUCAGGAAAUAGAAAUUGGAGAAUCUGGUUUUGCUCUUUUAUUCCCUCAAAUUGAAGGAAUAAGAAUACAGCCCUUUCAUUUUAUUAAGGAUCCAAAGAAAACGACACUAGAAAGACAUCAACUCACAGAUGUAGGCCUGCUAGACAACCCUGAACUGCGUGCGGUCCUUGUGUUUGGCUACAAUUGCUGCAAGGUAGGGGCCAGCAAUUACCUGCAGCGAGUGGUCAACACCUUCAGUGGCAUGAACAUCAUCGUGGCUGGAGGCCAGGUGGACAACCUGUCCUCGCUGACUUCUGAAAAGCACACUCUGGACAUUGAUGCUACUGGAGUCGUUGGACUGUCAUUCAGUGGACAGCGGAUCCAGAGCGCCACAGUGCUCCUCAACGAGGACGUCAAUGACGAGAAGACCGCCGAGGCCGCGAUGCAGCGCCUGAAAGCCGCCAAUAUUCCCGAGCACAACACCUUUGGCUUCAUGUUUGCAUGUGUGGGCCGGGGCUUUCAGUACUACAGAGCCAAAGAAAAUGUGGAGGCUGAUGCGUUCCGGAAGCUCUUCCCCAGUGUUCCUUUGUUUGGCUUCUUUGGAAAUGGAGAGAUUGGAUGUGAUCGGAUAGUGACUGGGAACUUUAUACUGCGGAAAUGUAAUGAGGUAAAAGAUGAUGAUCUGUUUCACAGCUAUACAACAAUAAUGACGCUCAUUCAUCUUGGCUCGUCGAAAUAA